AUGAAACCUGUCGAGAUCUGCGCCAACCCGGAGACGCUACCGUUUCUGGCAAAUCGGGCGCGUGUGAGCAUCACCCAGGAGGACGAGGUGGAACAACGGUGGAUGGCGUUGAGGAUGGAGCAGACGAGGCAGAUGAAGCAGACAAAGCAGAUGAAGGAGGAUACGGUUGAAAUGAGCUCGUCGGCCAACAAUCGAGACUCGAAAGGCAUCGUGGAACUCUUGACUCCCGCCCCGAUCUUCGGCUCGCGCGCAUAA